AGUCGUCCUCUUCGUUGUCAGAAAGAACAUAACAGAGAGCACAGAGAGAGAAGGAGAAAGCUUGGAAAAAUGUCGGACGAGGAGCACCACUUCGAGUCCAAGGCCGACGCAGGAGCGUCAAAGACCUACCCUCAACAAGCUGGUGCCAUUCGCAAGAGUGGCUACAUCGUCAUCAAGAACAGGCCUUGCAAGGUUGUAGAAGUUUCCACUUCCAAAACUGGCAAGCAUGGACAUGCAAAGUGCCACUUCGUGGCAAUUGACAUAUUUAAUGGGAAGAAGCUUGAAGAUAUUGUUCCUUCAUCCCACAACUGUGAUGUUCCUCAUGUUAAUCGUACUGACUAUCAGCUCAUUGAUAUCUCUGAAGACGGUUUUGUGAGUCUUCUAACUGAGAAUGGAAACACCAAAGAUGAUCUGAGGCUUCCCACCGAUGACAAUCUGCUCACUCAGAUUAAAGAUGGGUUUGGUGAAGGAAAGGACCUUGUGGUGACAGUCAUGUCUGCAAUGGGAGAGGAGCAGAUCUGUGCCCUUAAGGACAUUGGCCCUAAAAACUAAAUAUGAUGCUGCUGUAGCAGUAGCUAUAGUUGAUGGCAAAUGAAACUUUUUGUUCUUAGAUCUAACAAGGAUCUUAUCUACUGUUUGUGCAAUAAGUUUUAAUAAGAUGAUAUUUAGCAUUUAGCUGUGUGCUUUAAAGUCUUAUCAGGCUUGUGAUUGGGGAAAUAGAAAGGAGGUGGGGCUGCUGAUCCCUUCAUGAAGGGAGCUUUAGUUUACAACAGGAUGGAAAUCAUAUGAAUGUAUCUAUUGCUUUAUACUCUUGGGGCUGGCAAUGUCUUUUUACCUGGAAACGCAUGUUUUUGUGUA